AUGGUUGCUUCUCCAAACGCGAACUUAUAUGCACCAGCCUGCGCUCAACUUUACGUCUCCCUUGAAAAACGUGUCAACGACUCCUGCUCAUUCAGUGAUACUCCAGAUGACGACUUUGAAGAUCGUCGAGGUCCACAGCGCCGCCGCUAUGAGGAACCGUUGGCCGUAACAGUGCGCAAACAGGUUCUUUCCGUUGCUGAAAGCCCAAUUCGAAAAGCAGAGGAAGAUGUUGCCAUCAUAGCAAAAACGCUCGCAGAGAAUUACUUCGACCACGACCUCACCACGGGCUUUGUGGAUCUUGUCGCACAGCUUAUCGUCGAACAACCGCUCAAGAUCCCCUUCGUUGCCGCCAUUGUCCUCCUCGCGAACGUCCAUAAGCCGGAGCUCUCUGUAGACGUAUUGGCUAAGAUCGGCGAAGCACUACAAAGUCGGCUGGAUCAGGGAGUUUGGCGAGAGGUUAAGCUCUAUACACGGUUCCUGAGUUGCCUUCAAGGCAUGUUUGAAGGAGACGGUGUCUUCCCAAUUCUCGAAGAAUUCUUUUCCAGGGCUGCCGAUCUGCAGAUGAAGUCGUCUGAAGACUCGCUGGGCCUCGAACUUGUCAAGAUCAUCCUACUGACCAUUCCCUACACGAUGUCCUCCUCGGCGAAAGGCUUCGAUGGUCAAGCAAACGCCCUGCUAGAAAAGACGGACAUUAUCGCCUCGACUGCUCAUCCUUUGGAGGUUUUAGUCGACCCAUACCCCAGUGCCGAAGUUGGCGCACCGACAUCUUCCGAAAGCGCACUGGCGCUCCUGCAGAAGCACAUGCAAGAAGAAGCAAAGAACUCGUGGGAGCUGUCAUGCUUACCGCGUCCGUGGAAAGGCAGUCGAACCCCUGAAGAGGAGGAUGCUCUAAACGCCGCUCAAAAGCACGCUUUUCCUGCGAUCAAGGUGCCCGAGACUAUCCAGACUGGUCCGCGACCAAUCUUUCCCGAGGUCUACUGCUCUGUUUAUGGUGAACAAGAAAUUGAGACUGUUCCUCUACCAUCUGACCCUGCGGCCAUCAUCAUUCGUGAUGCUUUGUCAGACACAAUCAAUGCUCUUGACUUCAAUCGCACGGCUGCGGCGAAGUUCCUUAUCGAAGUUGAUUGCUACUUUAACUCAGAGACCUUUGUAAAACGAGCUACAGCAUUCGACAAGUUGCGAGACGUUGCGGGAGACAAAGCUUCCUGGAAGCCUGAAGACGUUAUCGUGGACGCAUGCUUCUCUCAAUUGAUGCAGCUUCCUGCACCAGAGCACAAGCUGAUCUACUAUCACUCAGUGCUAACGGAAGCCUGCAAGCUGGCACCUGCUGCUGUUGCGCCCAGUUUGGGCAGAGCGAUCCGGUACCUGUAUAGAAAUGUCGACAGGAUGGACCUGGAGUUAGCUCAACGCGUCCUGGACUGGUUUGCCCACCAUCUGAGCAACUUUGGCUUCACUUGGAAAUGGACUGAAUGGUUUGUGGUUCCGUGUAUCAGGCGUCCGAUCGACGACGUGAAUUUGCCCAACGUCCAUCCGAAGAAAGCCUUUAUCAUAGAUGCGCUGGACAAAGAGAUUCGCCUGAGUUUCUCCAAACGUAUCAAAGGGACGUUGCCAGAGCCUUACCAGGCGCUGAUUUCAGAAGCAAAAGAGAAGGAUGUCCCAGAAUUCAAGUACAGCGAUGACUCGACGCCCUUCGCUGCCCAAGGCAGGGAGAUCGCACAAUUGAUACGCCGCAAAGCGGCCAACGAAGAGUACACACCUGUCUUGGCGAAGAUCGAACAAGAGGCGGCUGAAUCGGGUAUAUCAGAGCCCGAAUUACAGUCAACAGACGCACUUGUCACAUCAAUCUGCUGGGUCGGAUCGAAGUCCUUGUCGCACGUUCUGGCUGUCAUAGAGCGGUGCAAAGAUCGUCUACUGGCAAUGUGCGCAGGCAGUGCAGGUAGCAGGAAACAGAUCAUCACCUCAGUCAUGGAUUAUUGGAAAGAUCAAACAGGGGUUGGAGUGGUCAUACUGGACAAGCUGCUCAACUAUCAAAUCCUAACACCUUCGAGCGUCGUUGAAUGGGCGCUGAUCGACCAUGUCGCUCGGGGUACUAUGCUGGCAAACGCUUGGUGCUACGAACUCGUGGAACGGACGACCAAGAAGGUUGCAGCCCGUGUCAGAAGUAUUGUGAACGCUGUUCGACAGCCUGGUCUCGCGGAUGACCAGAAGAACGAACUCCAGCAGACUCUCGAUCAAGAACUGGAGAACAUGAAGUCCCUCUACGCUAUCAUUGAGGAUGCUGUCGUGAGUAUACGUGAUGGCAACCAGGAUGAGAUGAUGGAGAGUAGCGAUGCACUGCGUGCUGAAGAUGAGGAGUUGCUCAAGACCUGGGGAGGGAAAUGGGCCAAGGUGUUUCAGCGCAAAUAUGCCGUUGAACAGAGCUGGGUGCGGGAAGAGUUGGCCAAGCCAAUUCCUGAACCCACGGUUGUGGAUGAGCCGAUGAAGAUGGAUGAAGCUGAUACCGGUCUGAAUGGCGGAGGCGAGAACGGUGCCACUGUGGACGAAGACAUUGACGGAAUUGAGUAA